AUGCCUUGUAAUGUAUCCGCAUUCCAUCAUAAACCGUCACCUUCUCUACCUCCAUCGUCACCUUCUCUACCUCCAUCGUCACCUUCUCUACCUCCAUCGCCACCCUCACCAUCAGCUCCAUCAGACGAUAUGAUUGCAGCUGACCUUGAUGAAAUCCGAGGACCAUUAGAAUUCCGUAUGGGCCAUAGACUAGUGGUUGCAACUAGCGCUGAACGAAUUGAUCCUUGGCGACCUGUUUACCGUUUGAAGGUUGGAAAGUCGUCAAUUCUUGAUUACAUCCCAAUUCUGUUCAUUCGAUCGAUAUUUGAGAGGCUUUUCAAUUCCUAUCCAUAUCUCAAAACUUUUUGUCCUGGAUGGUUUCUACCGCCAACUGUUAUCCUUAAAAAAUGCAAACCUGAUUGGGAGAAAGAAUUUGAGAAUGAAAAACUGAUGUAUCACCGACUCAAAUCUCUUCAAGGAAGGUUCCUACCUUAUUAUUAUGGGGAAGCAACAUACGAUGGUUCACCUGCUUUGGUCUUAUCAGAAGUUAUUGGUCAAACACUAGCUCAUCUUACUAUAAAACCCGGGGAGGACGAGGUGUAUGAAAGAAAACUAGAAGAGGUUUAUAAAGCCUUGACUGUAUAUGGAGUGAUUCAUGGAGAUACAAAACUGGAUAAUGCUAUGGACGUUGGAGAUCGAAUAGUGCUUAUCGACUUGGAGCAAGCUACGAUUGACGAGACAGAGUGGGAGAAAAGUACUAACAAAGGAAAUGCGGGUAGUCUAUUACGUGAUCUUCAAUAUAAUCGCCAGUGGGAAGAUGAGGCAAGGAAAAAGGAAGAGAGGAGAUUGAAAGAAAAGGCAGAGGCAAAGGCAGAAAGAAGAAGGCAGAUGCAGAUGCUCCGGUACAUGUUGCAACUGAAAUUCGAGAGUGUAUGUGGUAUCGUUCCCAAUUAUGUUCGAUGUGGAGGAGUCGAUCAUGGUAGAUGGAGCAGUGGAGGAUGA